CCUGUUCCGCCAUAACUGCAAUGGACAACCGGUAGACCAAGAUGUAUUUGUACAACUUAACCCUGCAGAGAUCCACAGGGAUCUCUUCAGCGAUCCAUGGCAACUUCUCAGGCUCGAAGUUGCAAGAGGUGGUCGUGUCGAGGGGAAAGAUGUUGGAGCUUUUGCGUCAUGAUCCCAACACGGGGAAGAUCUACCCCAUCCUCUCUGUGGAGGUGUUUGGCAUGAUACGAUCACUAAUGCCAUUCAGACUUACAGGUGGAAACAAAGAUUAUAUUGUUGUUGGUUCAGACUCGGGAAGAAUUGUUAUAUUGGAAUACAUCCCCCAAAAGAAUAUGUUUGAAAAGGUUCAUCAGGAAACAUUUGGAAAGAGUGGUUGUCGGAGAAUUGUGCCUGGCCAGUAUAUGGCAGUAGAUCCUAAAGGCAGGGCUGUCAUGAUAGGAGCAGUAGAGAAACAGAAGCUUGUGUACAUCUUGAACAGAGAUGCCCAGGCACGUCUAACCAUAUCCUCUCCCCUAGAGGCACACAAAGCCAACACACUAGUCUACCACAUGGUAGGAGUGGAUGUAGGCUUUGAAAACCCUACAUUUGCCUGUCUUGAAAUUGACUACGAGGAUGCCGACACAGACCCUACUGGAGAGGCAGGACAACAGACCCAGCAGUGGCUUACCUACUACGAGCUUGACCUUGGACUCAAUCAUGUUGUCCGUAAAUACUCUGAACAUUUGGAAGAGCAUGCCAACUUCCUCGUGUCUGUGCCGGGUGGUAGUGAUGGUCCUAGUGGUGUACUUAUCUGUUCCGAGAAUUACAUCACCUACAAAAAUUUGGGUGACCAACCAGAUAUCAGAUGUCCCAUUCCUCGGAGAAGGAAUGAUUUAGAUGAUCCAGAGAGGGGCAUGAUAUUUGUCUGCAGUGCCACUCACAAAACAAAGUCCAUGUUUUUCUUCCUGGCACAAACAGAACAAGGAGAUAUAUUUAAAAUCACAUUGGAGGUUGAUGACGAAAUGGUAGUGGAGAUUCACCUCAAGUAUUUUGACACAGUACCAGUAUCAGCCAGUAUGUGUGUUCUCAAGUCCGGUUUUCUGUUUGUUGCCUCAGAAUUUGGUAACCACCAUUUAUAUCAGAUUGCUCAGCUGGGAGAUGAUGAUGAUGAGCCUCGCUUCAGUAGUAACCAGCCUUUAGAGGAAGGGGAGACAUUCUUUUUCUCACCACGACCACUCAAAAAUCUUGUCAUGGUGGAUGAAAUGGACAGCUUGUCUCCAAUCACCUCCUGUCAGAUUGCUGACUUGGCUAAUGAAGAUACACCUCAGCUGUACACACUGUGUGGACGUGGUUCACGUUCUACCCUGAGAGUAUUACGGCAUGGACUCGAGGUGUCUGAGAUGGCUGUGUCAGAGUUGCCCGGUAACCCGAAUGCUGUCUGGACGGUCAAGAAAAAUAUUGAGGACGAGUUUGAUGCCUACAUCAUUGUGUCCUUCGUCAAUGCCACACUGGUCCUGUCUAUCGGAGAAACUGUAGAGGAAGUGACAGACUCUGGUUUCCUUGGUACUACUCCCACCAUUUCCUGUUCACAGCUUGGAGACGAUGCAUUAGUACAGAUUUAUCCAGAUGGUAUCCGUCAUAUCCGUUCAGAUAAGCGUGUUAACGAAUGGAAAACACCAGGAAAGAAAAACAUUGUAAAGUGUGCUGUUAACCAGAGACAGGUUGUCAUCGCUCUCACUGGUGGAGAGUUGGUAUACUUUGAAAUGGACCCUACGGGUCAGCUCAACGAGUACACAGAAAGAAAGGACAUGUCUUCAGAUGUGGUGUGUAUGGCAUUGGGGCGUGUGCCAGUUGGAGAACAGCGCUGCCGAUUUUUGGCUGUUGGAUUAGCAGAUAACACUGUUCGAGUGGUGUCCCUAGAUCCUACAGAUUGCCUGUCCCCACUCAGUAUGCAGGCCAUGCCAGAACCACCUGAGUCACUGUGUAUUGUAGAGAUGGGAGGCACAGAGGCCAAGGAGGAAACAGGGGAAACUGGCUCUGUUGGGGGUCUCUUUCUCAACAUUGGUCUACAGAAUGGUGUGUUACUGCGGACUGUGUUAGACACAGUGACAGGUGAUCUGUCCGACACCAGGACAAGAUAUCUAGGUCUGAGACCAGUCAAGCUCUUUAGGAUAAGCAUGCAGGGAUCUGAGGCUGUCCUUGCUAUGUCGAGUAGAUCCUGGCUGAGCUACACAUACCAGAAUCGGUUCCAUCUGACACCACUGUCUUAUGAGACCCUGGAGUAUGCCUCAGGCUUUGCGUCAGAACAGUGUCCAGAGGGCAUUGUAGCCAUUUCCACAAACACACUCAGGAUUUUAGCUCUGGAGAAAUUAGGAGCAGUGUUCAAUCAAGUGUCUUAUCCCCUACAGUACACGCCUCGUAAGUUUGUCAUUCAUCCAGAGUCCAGUAACCUGGUGAUUAUAGAAACAGACCACAAUGCUUACACAGAAGCCACGAAGAUGGAAAGAAAGCAACAGAUGGCCGAGGAAAUGGUGGAAUCUGUAAACGAGGAACAGAGAGAGAUGGCAGCAGAAAUGGCAGCAGCCUUCCUUAAUGAGGAACUACCAGAGACUAUUUUUGGUUCGCCCAAGGCAGGGUCUGGCAUGUGGGCAUCGCUCAUUAGAGUCAUCAAUCCUAUCACAGGGCAGACACUGGAUAAGGUCCAAUUGGAACAGAAUGAGGCUGCUCAUAGCAUUGCCCUGGUGAAAUUUGCUAGUAGAGGAGACGAUGUGUUUGUGUUAGUGGGUGUGGUUAAAGACUUGGUCCUCAAUCCCCGCUCUUUGGGUGGUGGUUAUGUGUACACUUAUCAAUUAAAGGAUGGUGAGAAAUUGGAUUUCCUCCAUAAAACUUCAAUGGAAGACAUGCCUGGAGCUAUUGCCUCUUUUCAGGGCAGAGCACUCAUUGGUGUUGGAAAGUACCUGCGAAUAUAUGAUAUUGGCAAGAAAAAAUUACUACGUAAAUGUGAAAAUAAGCAUGUACCAAACUUUAUUGUGAGUAUUCAUACACUCGGAAACCGUGUAGUGGUAGCAGAUGUCCAGGAGAGCUUCCACUUUGUGCGUUACAAACGCCAGGAAAACCAACUGAUUGUGUUUGCUGAUGAUACCAAUCCUCGCUGGAUCACUGCAUCAUGUAUGCUUGACUAUAACACAGUCAGUGGGGCAGACAAAUUUGGCAAUAUUACAAUCAUUCGACUGCCAACUGACAUCAGUGAUGAGGUGGACGAGGAUCCCACUGGAAACAAGGCCCUGUGGGACAGAGGAGUAUUAAAUGGAGCUUCACAGAAGACAGAGAUUGUGUCCAACUUCCACAUAGGUGAGGUAGUAACAUCUCUUCAAAAGGCAACCUUGAUCCCUGGUGGGUCAGAAUCUCUUGUUUACACUACACUCUCGGGUGGAAUUGGCAUGCUUGUGCCCUUCACAUCGCAUGAGGACCAUGACUUUUUCCAACAUCUGGAGAUGUACAUGAGAUCUGAACACCCCCCACUCUGUGGACGUGACCACUUGUCUUUCAGGUCCUACUACUUCCCUGUGAAGAAUGUGAUAGAUGGUGAUGUUUGCGAGAUGUUCAACUCAAUAGACAUCUCCAAGCAGAAGGCUUUGUCAGAGGAGCUGGACCGUACACCUAGUGAGGUUUCAAAGAAAUUGGAAGACAUUAGAACAAGAUACGCCUUUUAAAUAUGACUACUGACUUAAAGAUUAAUUUAUGAUGCUAACUGUCCUGACUGAAAAAGUGAGUGACCAGGUCUGGCCUGUAGCAACACCAUCUGUACAGAUCUGACUCCCUGUGUACAUGGUCUGACUGAAAGUUUGAGGGACCAGGUCUGGCCUAUAGCAACACCAUCUGUACAGAUCUGACUCGCUGUGUACAUGGUCUGACUGAAAGUUUGAGGGACCAGGUCUGGCCUGUAGCAACACGAUCUGUACAGGUCUGACACACUGUGUACAUGGUCUGACUGAAAGUUUGAGGGACCAGGUCUGGCCUGUAGCAACACCAUCUGUACAGGUCUGACACUGUGUACAUGGUCUGACUGAAAGAGAGAGAGACCAGGUCUGGCCUGUAACAACAGCGUCUGUACAGAUCUGACUCGCUGUGUACAUGGUCUGACUGAAAGAGAGAGGGACCAGGUCUGGCCUGUAACAACAGCGUCUGUACAGGUCUGACUCGCUGUGUACAUGGUUUCGUGCACCAAUUACACUAGAUGUGUUCGAGGAUAUUGAAACAAUAAAGUUGCUGGAUUUAAACAGAUGGAUUUUGUAUGCUUGGACGAAGAGAUUGUGGUAACAAUGGUCAGGAUUUGGGGAGAUGUUUUGGACUGGUAGCAUUUUUAGGAUAUUGUGACUGCCUGUGUUUGCAUUGAAGGUAGUUCUGUUGUUCCACAAGACUGUAGAGCAAAUAAAUUGUUCAAAUGACAACAGAUGUUAUUCCAUAUUCAACAUUGAUCAGGUGAUGCAAGGAUUGUAGAAAUUUGCAGAAUUUGGUAAUUAGCACAGAGAUUUCAUUUUCAUAAUCCAUUAAGAGGGAGCUUGAGUGGUGAGAGAGAGAGUGAUAGGUAAGAAAGGCUGAUGGUGUUUGAAUGAAAGAUCUAUUGGUAUAUGUACAGAUAUUUGAACAAUUUCAUAAAUAUUCAUUGAAUCCGUGUGCUUUACAAAAAGCAAAUUUUGUCUUGUAUAUUGUUCUGCAAAAAUGAAUAAAAUACGAAAAAAUUAAAACAAG